AUGACAGGAGAACGUCUCUGUGUACGCCGAUAUGCCCUGGUGGGCGACGAUUGUGACUGUGACAGUCGCAUGGCGUAUGCUGGUAUGUGUACUAUACGGCUUUAUACACAUACACAUAAUGCUAUGCUGAUCUUUCCCAUUGCGUGCAAAACGCAGGUGAACAACGUAGGCAUGAAGAACAUUAAGCCCGAGGUAGACGCGUACACGGAGAAGGCCAAGAUGCACAUCUCCAAUGGCGAACAUGGCAAGGCGGGCGAUGUAAACCGUCAGAUGUGGGCGCAUAUGGCUGCGAACAAUGUGUCCUACUCUGGAAUGUUUGCGCAGCCAAUGGUGCAGAUGCCCUUUGCCAUGGGCAUGUUUUUUGGCCUCCGAAAAAUGGCCGAAGCCCCCAUAGCAUCUAUGACCGCGGGCGGCACCAUGUGGUUCAGUGACCUCACAGCCGCCGAUCCCACCUACGCACUCCCGGUGCUGUCUGGUCUGACGACGUUGUGUGCCAUCGAACUGGGAGCCGAGGGAACCAAAGCCUCGGAACAAAGCGAUACAAUGCGCACGGUACUACGGAUAAUGCCCUUUGCCAUGGUGCCGUUGGUCGCCCAGUUCCCAGCGGUAGGUGUGUGUGGUGCUAAGUAG